AUGGGGGUGGAGCUGAGCUCUGUGCCCGAUGGUCAUGAAAUGCCACUGCUCAGCCAGGAAGAGGCUGCGCAGCUCGCCAAGAACACGCAUUAUCGGCCCGAGGAGUUGCACCGACUUCACCACCGUUUUUAUCACGACAUGAUCGCCCUGUCGCCAGCCUCCAGCGAGGCGCCCCAGCAAGGCGUGGGCUUCCCUCUCUUUUGCUCCUGCGCGUCGUUUGUCGGGGUGCGAAGCCCCAUCCUGCAGGAGAUGUUCUUCGCCACGUUUGAUCGCAACCGUGACGGCAUCAUCACCUUUGACGAGUUCGCCGCGGCCCUCUCGACCAUGUCGCGCGGCACCUCGCGGGAGAAAAUCAACCUGGCCUUCGACAUGUUCCACUGCGUCAACGCGUACCCACAGCCGGUGGCGCCGAACAGCCGCACACUGCUGCGGAGCGGCAUGUGCGCUGUUCUGCAGGCGCUGGACUCCACCUUCGGAAGCCCCAUAGCGUACCGCGACGACCAGCAAGUGCAGCGACAAAAACAAAAACAACAACAAUGCGGGACAUUGCUCACGGCGGCGGAGAUGGCGGACGAGUUGUUCGCAUCAUCUGACGAAGUGACUCGUGAGGAAUUCGCCGCGUAUGCUUUGCGGUGCCCCGCGAUUGUGAAAGGGCUCGCCAUCUGCUGA